AUGACGAAUGCGUCGGACGAAAUAAUCAUUAUCGGCGAUUUCAAUUUGCCAGGAAUUUCGUGGAGUUCCUCCUGCAACGGGUUCCUUCACAUAGAUAUGGAACGAUCUUCAUUACACAGUCACGCCUCCAAACUCCUCGAUUACUACAGCACAGCCACGUUACGUCAAAUCAAUCACGUUACCAACGAAAAUAAUCGCAGCCUGGAUCUGUGUUUUGUUAGCGCUCAGGACGCUGCUCCGCUAAUUUUGCAUGCUCCAUCACCGUUAGUUAAAGUAGUUAACCAUCAUCCUUCGUUGAUACUCAAGCUGAACAACACGCGAGCCAAUGUCGUUGCAUCGAUCGAGCCCAUAAUCUACAAUUUCCAUAACGCCGAUCAUCAUAGCAUUGCUGAGUUCUUUGCUACAUUGGACUGGGUUGACAUUCUUGGCGGUUGUGAUGCAGAGAAUGCGGCAUUGACUUUAUCGCAUAUUAUUGGACACGUGAUUGAAAGACAUGUUCCUAAGAAAAUCGUCGCUCCUAAUAGUUGUCCUUGGCAGACCCGUCAGCUUCGUAGAAUGAAAACUGCUAAAAGAGCUGCUCUCAAGCGCUAUUCCAAACACGGUCCGGAUGGCAUUCCGUCUGCGUUCUUGAAAAGGCACAUCGAACUUCUGCUCGCUCCCUUUCAACUGAUUUUCAACAAAUCGCUAUCCAGUGGACUUUUUCCGUCCGUGUGGAAAACCGCUACAAUGUUUCCCGUGUACAAGAAGGGCGAUCGAAAAGAUGUCAACAAACAUCGCGGCAUCUCUUCCUUGUGCGCUGCAUCCAAAUUAUUCGAGCUAGUUAUAACAGAACCACUCAUAUCUCACUGUAAGCAACAUCUGAGUGCCGAUCAACAUGGGCUCAUCUCAGGCAGAUCUACGACCACUAAUCUUUUGUGCCUAACUUCGAGCAUUACCGACAGCUUUGUGCAGCUCUAUGCACUAAUUCGGUCUAUCUCUGACGCAAUGGACCUACAACAAGAUAUUAAUUCAUUUGCGGCUUGGUGCACAUUGAACCGGAUGGUUGUCAAUCCUACCAAAUGUUCCGUGAUCUCUUUCACUCGUGUACAUCAGCCAAUAAUUUACAACUACGAGCUCAAUGGAAUUGUGAUACAACGUGUGAACUGUAUAAAGGAUCUUGGUGUUAUUCUAGAUACGCAGCUAACAUUCAAGCAUCAUGUCUCUUACGUGAUUGAGAAGGCUUCUAGAACAUUAGGAUUCAUCUUUCGCGUCGCCAAGGGUUUCACCGAUGUUUAUUGCUUGAAAUCACUGUACUGUUCGCUGGUUCGAUCUACGCUGGAAUAUUGUUCCGCUGUAUAG